UCCGCAGAGUAGGGAGGGGCUGCCAGUGCGCGCCACUUUUCGCCUAUCCCGGCACUGCGCCAGCGCGGGGCGGCCCGGAGGCGGGGUCGCGUCGCUGCGCCUGCGCGGCGGGAAGCCAACGGGAAGAUGUUUUGUCCCAGAUCCACGUUUCGGUCUCCGCCAAUACCCCUCCGGGUUAGGCCGGGGUCUGGGAGCUUGAAAAGAGUGGCUCUGGGUCGCGCGGCCCCGCCAGGGGGCGUGUCUGUGGGCCGCGCCUCCUUCCCCGCCCAGCGAAGCUCUCUGACCACCCCUCUUUUCUAGAGUUCUGCCUUGCUUCCCGGCGCGGUCGCAGUCCUCAGCCCACUCAGGAUAAUGGCGACAGCUGAGGUACUGAACAUUGGUAAAAAAUUGUAUGAAGGUAAAACAAAAGAAGUCUACGAAUUGUUAGACAGCCCAGGAAAAGUCCUCCUGCAGUCCAAGGACCAGAUUACAGCAGGAAAUGCAGCUAGAAAGAAUCACCUGGAAGGAAAAGCUGCAAUCUCAAAUAAAAUCACGAGUUGUAUUUUUCAGUUGUUACAGGAAGCAGGUAUUAAAACUGCCUUCACCAGAAAAUAUGGGGAGACAGCUUUCAUUGCACCCCAGUGUGAAAUGAUUCCAAUUGAAUGGGUUUGCAGAAGAAUAGCAACUGGUUCUUUUCUCAAAAGAAAUCCUGGUGUCAAGGAAGGAUAUAAGUUUUACCCACCUAAAGUGGAGUUGUUUUUCAAGGAUGAUGCCAAUAAUGACCCACAGUGGUCUGAGGAACAGCUGAUUGCUGCAAAACUUUGCUUCGCUGGACUUCUUAUAGGCCAAACUGAAGUGGAUAUCAUGAGUCAUGCUACACAGGCUAUAUUUGAAAUACUGGAGAAAUCCUGGUUGCCCCAGAAUUGUACACUGGUUGAUAUGAAGAUUGAAUUUGGUGUUGAUGUAACCACCAAAGAAAUUGUUCUUGCUGAUGUUAUUGACAAUGAUUCCUGGAGACUCUGGCCAUCAGGAGAUCGAAGCCAACAGAAAGACAAACAGUCUUAUCGGGACCUCAAAGAAGUAACUCCUGAAGGGCUCCAAAUGGUAAAGAAAAACUUUGAGUGGGUUGCAGAGAAAGUAGAGUUGCUUUUGAAAUCAGAAAGUCAGUGCAGGGUUGUAGUGUUGAUGGGCUCUACUUCUGAUCUUGGUCACUGUGAAAAAAUCAAGAAGGCCUGUGGAAAUUUUGGCAUUCCAUGUGAACUUCGAGUAACAUCUGCGCAUAAAGGACCAGAUGAAACCCUGAGGAUUAAAGCUGAGUAUGAAGGGGAUGGCAUUCCUACUGUAUUUGUGGCAGUGGCAGGCAGAAGUAAUGGUUUGGGACCAGUGAUGUCUGGGAACACUGCAUAUCCAGUUAUCAGCUGUCCUCCCCUCACACCAGACUGGGGAGCUCAGGAUGUGUGGUCUUCUCUUCGACUGCCCAGUGGUCUUGGCUGUUCAACCAUACUUUCUCCAGAAGGAUCAGCUCAAUUUGCUGCUCAGAUAUUUGGAUUAAACAACCAUUUGGUAUGGAGCAAACUGCGAGCAAGCAUUUUGAACACAUGGAUUUCCUUGAAGCAGGCUGACAAGAAAAUCAGAGAAUGCCAUUGAAUUUUUUAGGGGAAAAACUACAAAGUUCUAAUUUAGCUGAAGGAAAAUCAAGCAAAAUGAAAAAGUAAUUUUAAAUUAGAGAACACAAAAUGUAUUAGUGAAUAAAUGCUUUUCUAGAUCCAUAUUAAUAAAUAUGAACACCUAACCUCUCCUUUCUUAGGUUAGACACCAAGAUAUUUCAGCCAGCCUUUAUCAUUCCUCUUAUUUUAUCCUUUUUUCCUUAAGUAUUGGUGGUCACUACUAUUGAGUUUCUUCCUUAACACUGAUUGAAUAAUCUUAACUCCCUCAGCUAAAACUGGCAUUACUGGCUCCCAGCUAUGUUUUUCCAGACUUGUAUUUUCUUUUUUUUUUUUUUUUUUUUUCCCGAGACAGGGUCUUACUGUUGCCCAGGCUGGAGUGCAGUGGCGUGAUCUCAGUUCACUGCUGCCUUCCCUCCUGGGCUCAAGCAGUUCUCCCACCUCAGCCUCUCGAGUAACAAAGAUUAUAAUCUUGCAGCUCCAUGCCGAGCUAAUUCUAUUUUUUGUAGAGAUGGGGUCUCACUAUGUCACCCAGGUUGGUCUCAAACUCCUGGACCCAAGUAAUUCUCCUACCUCAGCCUCCCAAAAUGCUAGGGUUACAGGCAUGAGCCACUGUGCCUGGCUAGACUUAUACUUUCAACUGUCCAUUUCUCCCUGUACCUCCCAUGGGCACUCUCAUAAAAAACAGAAUGCUCCCAACUUUAUUCAUCUUCCAAGCCUGAAACUCUUGGUAUGCUCACUGCUGCCAAGUCAGAAGCUUGAUUUCAUCAUUGAUGUUUUUUUUCACAUUUCACAUCUCACUCAUCAAGUCAUGUUGGUGUUAAUUUCUAAUUAACCCUUGAAAUUGCCAUCUUCUCAUCCUCUGUACAAAAGCCUCAAGUGAGGGUCAAAUUCAACAUUAUCCUGAUCUAGACAGUCCCCAUUCUCAAUCCACCCUUUUCCAAGUUGAUUGCCCAAGGACUUCUAACAUAAUAAACUCUUUUGCACCACAGA